AUGAGGUGGAACGAAAAAUGGGAAUGGAGUAAUUGUGGUCACGCCAAUGGAGCAAGGGAUGUACAACAAUACAAAACCGCAUAUGGAGCUACAAAAAACAUGAAGGAAGCGGAGGAUUCGUCAUAUGGGCCUUACAUAACUCAGUACAAUUCUGGGCACAACUCAAAAGAAGCAGAAGUGCCAUACAUAACCAGUUAUGGAACCAAAGAAGGCAGAAAAGAAGUUGAGACUCCUUACAUAACUCAGUACAAUUCUGGGCACAACUCCAAGGAAGCAGAAGUGCCAUACAUAACUAGUUAUGGAACCAAAGAAGGCAGAAAUGAAGCUGAGACUCCUUACAUAACACAGUACAAUUCAUGGCACAACUCAAAGGAAGCGGAAGUGCCAUACAUAACCAGUUAUGGAACCAAAGAAGGCAGAAAAGAAGCUGAGACUCCUUACAUAACACAGUACAAUUCAGGGCACAACUCAAAGGAAGGAGAAGUGCCGUACAUAACUAGUUAUGGAACCAAAGAAGGCAAAAAAGAAACGGAGACUCCUUACAUAGCACAGUACAAUUCAGGGCACAACUCAAAAGAAGCAGAAGUGUCAUACAUAACCAAUUAUGGAACCAAAGAAGACACAAAAGAAGCUGAAACACCUUACAUAAUGAGUUAUGGAACCAAGACAGGCACAAAAGAAGUUGAGACACCUUAUGUAAUGAGUUAUGGAACCAAAGAAGUUGAAGUGCCGUACAUAACUGGGUAUAUUUUUCCACAAGCCAAAAAGGAGUCAAAGGAAGUUGAAACGCCUUACAUAACUGGGUAUAUUUCUGCACAAGGAAAAAAGGAGUCAAAGGAAGUUGAAACGCCUUACAUAACUGGGUAUAUUUCUGCACAAGGAAAAAAGGAGUCAAAAGAAGUUGAAACGCCUUACAUAACUGGGUAUAUUUCUGCACAAGGAAAAAAGGAGUCAAAGGAAGUUGAAACGCCUUACAUAACUGGGUAUAUUUCUGCACAAGGAAAAAAGGAGUCAAAAGAAGUUGAAACGCCUUACAUAACAGGGUACAUUUCUGCACAAGCUGCAAAGGAAAAGGCUAUAACCAAAUGUAAACAUCACAAGCAUGUAAAUCGACCUUCCUCUGACACCAAAAACUCACAAGAGCCGCCAUUGAAGGGACAUGAACAUCAUCAUAUGCAUACACAUUCAUCAUCUCCCAUGGAUCACACUGAAGCAUUCAAGGUAGGCUUUUUCACAUUCGAUGAUCUAUACAAGGGUAAGAUAAUGCCUCUAAACUUUCCCAAGCAAGAACAUUCUCGUUUCUUGCCUAAAGAAGUAGCUGAUUCCAUUCCAUUCUCAAUGCCACAACUUCCGCACCUUCUCCAACUCUUCUCAAUCCCACAAGGUUCUCGAGAUGCAAAACACAUGGCAUAUGCACUCGAACAAUGUGAGAUGAAACCCAUCACAGGGGAGACCAAGUUUUGUGCCACUUCUCUAGAGUCCAUGACAGAAUUUGUUACCAAGAUCAUUGGUUCUGGUGUUAGCUUCAAUAUUCUCUCAACCACACACCCCACAACAUCAACUGCCAUCACACAAAGCUACACUAUUUUGGAAGAACCCAAAGAAGUUUUAGCUUCCAAAAUGGUUUUUUGCCACCCAAUGGCUUAUCCUUAUGCGGUUUUCUUCUGCCACAACUUUGAGAAAGACACCAAGUUCUUCAAGGUUUCACUUGAAGGUGAAAAUGAAGAUAAGGUGGAAGCUAUGGCUGUUUGCCACAUGGACACAUCUGAUUGGGACCCUAACCACAGUUUGUUUGGCCUGCUGGGAAUCAAAGCUGGUGCCUCUUCUCCAGUGUGUCAUUUCUUCCCUGAAAAUCAUCUUGUUUGGAUCCCAUCACCAACUAAAGCUACUAUGUGA